CUACCUUAGGUACAUAUAGGCCCAUGCCCAUACAGUACCUAGGUAGGUAGGUACGUAAGGUCACUGACUUCCAAUUAAUGAGUGCCACCACCAAAAUAAAUUCCUGGCUCUGUCUUCCACUUCACACUUUGUGUUUAUAGGCAUCUCGAUACCCUUGAGCCCCUCAGUUCUCCCCUCCGUUCUCCCCUCAAUUCAUCCACCGUGCCACGCUGAAUCAAUCCUAUUUCCACCGUCAGCCAAGCAAUUGUUCCCACUCUUCAUUUCCCCUCCCGGUCGAAGGCUUAUCAGCCGCGAGAUAAUCGAGGAUGAGCUUCUCCGGUAGACGAAUUUCGACCCUAAGGUCUGCCCUACAGCAAAGCGCCGAUGGCCGUCGAUUCUCCGUUCAUACCGAGGAAGAGGAGUCUUCCAGCUCACAUAGAGCCCUGAGAGCUCACCCUGCACAUGGUCGGCCUCAUGCUGGUCUGGACACUACAAGAGGUAGCACAGGUGUGAUCUGGUGCACCGAACAAGCUUCCAAACACGGCUUCCUCGAUGAACCUCACAAGUGGGCCAAUCUAGGCCAAGGUGCACCUGAGGUCGACGAUGAUAUCGAAGGCUGCUUUCCCCGCCCCACGUCUAUCGAGCUCACCCUCAAUGGUCGAGAGUAUGGUCCUACUGCCGGCAUCAAACCACUGAGGGCUGCCAUUGCCAAACUAUACAAUGACAACUACCGUAAGGGCAAAGACAGCCAGUAUUCUUGGGAGAAUGUCUGCGUCGUUCCUGGAGGAAGAGCCGGCCUGAUCCGCAUCGCUGCGGUGCUAGGAAGCGCUUACUUGGGCUUCUUUAUUCCCGACUAUACUGCUUAUAAUGAGAUGUUGAGUUUGUUCAAGAAUUUUGUUGCCAUUCCCAGUCCCUUGUCCGCACAGGAUGGGUAUCAUAUCCAUGCGGAUAAGAUUGCCGAGGAGCUGGCUCGUGGCACCUCAGUUAUACUCACCUCCAACCCCAGAAAUCCCACCGGUCAUGCUCUAGACCCUGAAGAACUUGCGCUGAUACAAGACAUCUGCCGCGACCGAGCUACUCUGAUCUUCGACGAGUUCUAUGCCGGAUACAAUUACAGCAGCAAUUGUGAUGGAUCCACCGUGUCGGCGGCCAGCAACGUUAUUGACGUCAACCGAGACGAUGUCAUUCUGAUUGACGGCUUGACCAAGAGGUUCCGGCUGCCGGGAUGGCGUGUGGCCUGGAUUGUGGGCCCCAAAGAAUUUAUCAAAGCUUUAAGCUCUUGCGGUAGCUACCUCGACGGAGGGACGAAUGUACCGUUCCAGGAAGCCGCCGUUGCAAUGCUCGACCCUCCCAAGGUCAAGGCUGAGAUGAAGGCACUUCAGACCCAUUUCAAGAUGAAGCGAGACUAUGUCCUAAAGCGGUUGAGCGAGAUUGGUUUCACUCAAGGCGAUCAAUCCGUGCCCGACAGUACAUUUUACAUCUGGCUGGAUCUCACGACACUGCAUCCUCCACUGCCCCCGAACAGUGCGCUUGACCUGUCUAAUGGACUGGCAUUUUUUGACGCAUUACUGCAAGAGAAGACGAUCGUGGUGCCCGGCAUCUUCUUUGACCUGAACCCGGCCAAGAGGAGGGAUCUCUUUGACAGCCCUUGCCACCACUUUGUCCGCAUCAGUUAUGGCCCUAAGCUUGACGUCCUCAAGCUGGGCCUAGAUGGCAUUGAGAGGGUGGUGAAGCGAGCAAGAGGCGACUUUGCUUUCGACGACAGCGCCAUUCAGGACGAGUCCGAGGCUGGGUCGCCAAGGAGCCCGGUGUAUCGGUGGAAAACCCAAGGUCAGGCUGAGCAGCAUGUUUGACGUCAUCGUCGGUGUUGCAUGAGAGUGUAUGUUUGGGGAAAGACAGAUGAAAAUUCUUCAACUUUAGGCUUACAGAGACUAUGACUGUCAUCACGACGAAUGACGCUAAUAACAUAAUGAUCCUUAGUACCAACCAAUGCUUUCUGCCUGCAACGCCAGAUUUUACAAUCACAGGUCGGCCGAGAUGCCAAAACCUGAAUGUCCCUGACGAGCGGUCGCCUGC